AGGCGCUGCGCCCUGAGCCUCUGCCAGGAAUGCACCUUCAGCCCAGGCCUGCUCACCAGCAGGGCAGAAAGAUGGGGCACUCACCAGACUCCCCCAGUGUCUCAGCCCCAGCUGGCACCACAGCUCUACCUCUCAUUCCACACCGCAUCGCCGGGACCCCCUGGCCCAACUGGGCUGUCACUGCUGGUGCCUUUGCCUCGGGUGUCCUCCUCAUCUCGGGCCUCCUCUGUGCUGUCUGCUGCUGCUGCCGCUGCCACAGGAAGAAGCCCAGAGACAAGGAGGCCGUGGGCCUGGGCAGUGCCCAGGGCACCACCACCACCCACCUGGUGAGGAGCGGCUCCUCUCCCGAUCAGUCCAGAGAGGGCAGCUGGAAAUCCAGGCUCCAGAGCCCAGGACAGCUAAGUGGCCUCAGCCCCAGGGACACUUUACUCCCCUCGAAACAGGGGUGACGAGAGCCUUCCUGGUAGGGAAGGUGGGUGAAUAGAGGUGAGGAGGAGGCAGCAUGAGAGGGGCGGCUCGGUGGGCCAGAGGGAGCCACAGCAGGUUCUUGAGGAAAGCCGGGGUAAACAGAUACCACAUUUGGUGGGUUUGGUGGGUCUCACAGAGCGAAGCUGAGGGUUUGUGCCUGCCGGGUGGCCUGCCCAGAGGUGGGGGUCUUGACCCAUGUCCUGCAAGUGCUUCCCGGGAGCCCAGGGCUCCGAUGGGGCAUUGGCGGCAGCAGCAGCUGGCCCAUGUCCGGACCCACCAGGUGCAGCCGGAUGUGGAGAGUCUGCAAUCCAGCCCGGCGGCCGCUCAGCAAUGGGGGCGCCUGCAGCUCUCCCUGGAGUACGACUUUGGAAGGCAGGAGGUGAAGGGCCGCCGGUUCUGCAAGUUUCCGGAAAGGGUGA